AUGAGGCAAGUUGAUAGACACCAGAAGUAUCUUGGUAUUCCAGCUCUCUGUGGGAGGUCUAAGAAAGUGCUGUUUCGGGAACUCUUAGAUAGAAUGUGGAAAAAGUUAAGGGGGUGGAAAGAAAAGUUAUUGUCGCGUGCUGGAAAAGAGGUUCUCAUCAAGGCUGUCAUCCAAGCCUUGCCUACAUACCUAAUGGGAGUUUAUAAGCUUCCUGUUGCUGUUAUACAAGAAAUCCACUCUGCUAUGGCUAGAUUCUGGUGGGGAGGAAAAGGGGAUGAACGGAAAAUGCAUUGGCUAAGUUGGGAGAAAAUGUGCAAACCCAAGUGUAUGGGGGGUAUGGGAUUUAAGGAUCUUGCGGUCUUCAAUGAUGCUUUAUUGGGAAAACAAGUUUGGCGAUUGUUACAUAAUAGAGAGUCCCUUUUGAGUAGGGUAAUGAGUGCCAAGUAUUAUCCACAUGGUGAUGUCUGUCAAGCACGGUUAGGACACUCUCAUAGCUACUCGUGGCGGAGUAUUUGGGGUGCGAAGAGUUUGGUUUUGGAGGGGUUGAUUUGGAGGGUUGGAGAUGGAUCUAAAAUUGACAUAUGGAGUGCACCAUGGGUAGGAGAUGAAGAAGGUAGAUUCAUCAAGAGUGCUCGAGUGGAGGGCUGA